CGCGGCUCCCUCCAUCCGGCAGCCUUGCUCUAAGCCAAAAAGGAGGUAGGGGGAAAACGACAAACGACUGAAGUUGAGUGUUUCUCACACAUGCUCACGCAGUCGUGGUUCUGAGAUAGCGAGGGUCCGAGCACUAAGCCGCGCUCCUGUAGCUGCGUGAUCAGGCGCGGCGCGCGGAGGAGCUCUGGGAGCGCGCGCCUCUUCGGGACUAUGGAUCAUAACAUAGGAGCACAUCUCCACCACACACACGUAGACUCCAUCAGCUUCGGCAUCGAUCAGAUUCUCAACAAUGCAGAGCAAGGGAGCUGUAUGAUCUCUAACCCCAGGAUGCAGGACUUGGACUACGGGCUGGGGAGCAUUGUGAGCAAUGCCUACAACACCAUGACGGGCAACUACAACGGCAAUAACACCGGCGCAUACACCAGCAAUGCGUGCAGCGCUGCACCACUCACUGGCUCCUACAACAUGAACGUUGGCAUGAACGGGAGCGGAAACGGCGUGAACGCGUCCGGGGUGAUCCGUGUACCCGCACACCGGCCACUCAACAGCGUGCACUCCUCCAUUCCCACAAGCGGCGCCACGGUGCACAACAUGGCAGGCAUGGGCACUCUGAACAACCUGACAGGACUAACAUUUCCGUGGAUGGAGAGUAACAGGAGAUACACCAAAGACAGGUUUACAGUGGCCCUCUCACCCUUCACUGUAACACGCCGUAUAGGUCACCCGUACCAGAACCGCACACCACCGAAGAAGAAGAAGCCGAGGACGUCGUUCACGCGCCUGCAGAUCUGCGAGCUGGAGAAGCGCUUUCACCGCCAGAAGUACCUGGCUUCAGCGGAGAGAGCCGCUCUGGCAAAAGCACUUAAAAUGACUGAUGCACAAGUCAAAACAUGGUUCCAGAACAGAAGGACAAAAUGGAGGAGGCAGACGGCGGAGGAGAGAGAGGCCGAGCGGCAGCAGGCGAAUCGCUUAUUAAUGCAGCUGCAGCAGGAAGCUUUUCAAAAGACUCUGAACCAGCCUGUAACUCCAGACCCGAUCUGCCUGCACAACAGCUCCCUGUUCGCCCUGCACAACCUGCAGCCAUGGACUGAUAACACCAACAAGAUCAGCAGCGUCUCCACCUGCGACUAGCAGCACCACCUCUUCCUUUCUGCAGCUCUAGCUCUGUAUCACUGAGUAAUCCCGGCGUCACUUUUCCUCCACCUACCACUGCUCCUGUGUUACUGUCAGCCUGCAGGAGAGCAGGCUUCAUUCCCCACGGCUUGCUCUUCUCUCCAGUCUGAACGAAAACUCUAACGAAUUAUUCCAGAUAUCAGGUGUUUGAACACAUGUGUAGUAGGCUAUAUUUUUAUACAGCAUUUUUUGCACUUUUACUCUUCACUGCAUUUUAGAUUCAAUGGCGCGUGAAUGCCACAAAGUCCUGGGUUUUAGUUGCAACACCAUUUUUUUUUAAAGCUAAGCAGAAAAUGGACUUGAAGAAUCAGGUUUCAAGCACUUAUUCCGGAGGUAUGAUACUCAAAACACCUCCUUUCAGACAAAUCCGGUAAUUCUGUAUAGUUUUGAUAGCACAUGGUCUGUGUUAUGGUUUUAAUUUUUGGUAAACACAGACAAAGUAAAGACAACAGCAAUCACGUAGGCUACUUUACAUUUAUUUAGCACGCUAAGCUUAAUUCCAUAUUUUCUUCAACAUAGCUUUCAUCUGAGAUAAAUCAGAGAUAGUUGUCUGAUACAGAGAGUCUUUUCUUCAUUGCUGUUCUGGUUAAUGAGACAGCUGGAUACCUUAUUUUGCAGUAAAACAGCUGUAUGUAUUAUUUUGUCAAGUUCAUAUUUCAUUCAACAUUUUUGUUCAGAUAAUAUUUUAAACACUGAACUCAACUUUUAUUCCUCUUCUUUUUCACUUAAAGCAACAUUUUUAUACUGACAUCCUGUAGCAAGACAAAUUUUAGAUAGAUAUUGGAUUUCAUUUCAGAGUGAAUGACUGUUUCGGUUGCAUGAUAAAUGUAUGUCCUCCUCGUUGUAUGGGGAAUGUAACAGUGUGUUUGUGUUAUUAACUAUAUGCAGAUGUGAGAGUGUGUUUGAAACUUUCCAUGGCCAUGCUAGAAGAGUAUCGUGUUAAGGUCCAUCUGCACAUUCCAAAUGCUACAGUGCAUUAAAUGUAUCCUUUAAAAAUGACAAAAUAUUAAGACAUGGGAAACAAGAGGAAACCCAACAUCAACCCAAGCAAAACUAAAAUCCGAAGUCAUGGCGAGAUGUCCAUAAAUAAGCAAACAAAGACUGGUUUAACCCUUUUUAUAGACUUUUGAUUUUGUGAAGAAUUCAAGAUUCCAUCAUAACUGGUUUUAUGUCUGCUUUAAUAAAUAUUUAACAUUUAAUCUCCUCAUUUUUCCAUAAGCGUAAGCUGUAACACAGUUGUACAGGAAACAUGCAUUGCAAAUAGCUGCAUUCCAACUUUUCCUGGAACUAUUAGAUGAUGUACAUAGGUAGUAACUAUUACAGCGUGCACCAAAUUUCCAGACAAAAGUCCUUCAUCAGCUGUGCCACUGAAGCUGCAGGAGUUAAACGCAGCUGAUAUGUUGAUUUGUUUUCACUGGAAAUUUUGUGUACUAUGCUACAAUUUUUAUUACCUCUACAAUUUUUUUUACUAAGGUACCUGCAGUACAGUAUAUGGUGGUCAGAGAUCAAGACUUAUGUGAAUAAAAUACUUGAACAUUGAACAUAAUGAGUGGUAGGCUAUAUAUUCAGUUUAUACAAAAGAUCAUAUUAAUGAUACCGUUUCACCCAAACAAAUUAAGCAUAUUGGUGCCUAGUCAUCUUUCAUUUCUGUUUUUAAAGAACACUGUCAUUUUUCAUGCUGUCAUUUUUGUCUAUUAACAUAUGUUAAUAGAAUUUCCUAUUUCCUAUAUUGUAAAGAGGCUGUAGAAUAUUAUUGCUCAGUAUUACGAUCAUGGAACUGUAAUUAUGAGAAAAACAAGCUGGGACCCAUAAAAACCAUGUGAUAAUUGUCUCUAGGUCUCUAUCUAGGUCUCUAUCUCUAUCUCUGGGUUAUUUGGAUAUUCGAUUUAUAAAAUACUACUUGGAAUCCUUUCUGAUAGUGAAACACUCAGUCGUAGGGGUCUACAGAAAAUCUUCCAGAGUUCUCCUGAGGGUCAAAAUGGAUAACCCUUAAGAUUUAAAUUCAUUCUGAGAGUGUACUCACAAGGGCAUAUUAGUCUUUUGCAUUUAUUUUUCAUGCAGGUCAAAAAUCCAAAGCACAUAACUAAUCUGGUGUAUUGCUUUCUGUUUAAUCAUACUGCCAGGAGGUUAAUUGUUGCCAGUUAUUUCAUUUCAUUUCAUAGAAGUGUGAAAAUGAUGUGUUAAAAUAUUCACAAUGAAUAAACAUACAUAUUGUUUGUUUGAUAA